UUUUGUUUUCUACAACAGGCCUCCGCAUGAAGGGAAUGCUCAGUACAAGAGACCUCCGCAUCAACCACUGUCUCAUGGGGCAGGCGGGGGUCAUCACAGCCCGCCCCUAACGGGCACUAGGGGAUAUCCAUAUCCACAGGACCCCUCUUCACGGUGCUCCACCUCUUCUACCUCCUACGUCACUUCCGCUGCUGCAGCUGUUGUAGCGGCCUCCUCCCCCCACUUGGUUCAUCCUGGUGGGGGUGGGGCCAUUUACGCAUCUGCCAAUCAUAUGUACAGGGACACACAUUUCCAGGUUGACACUCGGCAACCAUCCGAAAGCCAUCAUAUUGAAAGGUAUGGAGACCAACAUGUGCAUGUUAGGCGCAGGUUAUCUUUAAGACCGACACCUGAAUAUAAUUCUCUUAUUGAAAGAGAAAGGUAUAUGGAAGCUAUUAGGUACCAAUAUGAAAAUAAUCCUCCAUUAACGAUUGGUGUUCCUUAUUCCUCAACCGCAAUGGCUGCUAGAACCUUAAAACCACCAGUAGUGAGUGUGCAUACUCCUUCUGAGAUGGAUGCUGGGCAACAGAUGAAGCGGCCAAGGCUUGCUGUUGAACCCAAAGCUCCCGUCCAUCAACCUCUUUUAAUAGAUACAAGAAAUGUUGUGAUAAAAAAAGAACCUGCUUAUACACCUCAGGUAGAAGCAAUUUCUCCUACAUUGCCAUCUGAAGAAGGUCGAGGUGAAUCUCCAAUGCGGUUACUGAAAGAAAAUAUUCUAAAUAAUAUCAAUCGUUUAGACAAAGAAAUUAAUCAAGUUGAAUCGCAGAUUACUAAACUUCAAAAGAAAAUGCAUGAAUUGGAAGCUGAAGCUAGUAAGCCCUCUGUUACAAAAGAAAUUGUAAAAGAAAUCAGUCCUGUAGAGUCCAAACAAAUCAGCAUAGCACAAAUAAUAUAUUCUGAAAAUAGGAGUAAAGCUCAAGAGUCUCAUGCGAUUUUAGAAAAAUUAGGACAAAAGGUUGAAAUACCAAUGUAUAAUCAACCAUCAGAUACAGCUGUAUAUCAUGAAAACAAAAGAAAGUUUUUAUUGUUUAGGAGUAGAUUAGUCAAAUGCUUUAGGAAACGGCAUAGAGAAAGGGAGCUGAGGGAAAAACAUCUAACAGAAACAUACAGCAAGUUGAUGCAGGAGUGGCUGAAAAAGAUGGAGAAGAAAGAAAAUAAUUCACAAAAAAAGGUUAAAGAUGGGAAGUUACGAGAAUUUUUUGAAAAGCAAUUUCCUGAACUUAAAAAACAAAGAGAAGACAAAGAAAGGAUCUCCAGAGUGAGCCAACGAAUACGAAGUGAUGCAGAGUGGGAAGAAAUUAUUGAUGGUUUACAAGAGCAAGAGCUGGAAGAAAAGAAAAUGAGAAGCUAUGCUGUGAUACCUCCUAUUCUAUUAGACAGUCGUCAAAGAAGACUUUGGUAUGUUAAUAAGAAUGGCCUUGUUGAAGAUCUUAGUCAAGAAUAUAAAGAAAAACAAUUAUUAAAUAUAUGGACUGACGUAGAAAAGGAAAUCUUUCGAGAAAAAUAUCUUCAGCAUCCUAAAAACUUUGCUUUCAUUGCUUCUUGCUUAGAGAGAAAAAGUGUAGCAGAUUGUGUUCAAUACUAUUAUCUUUCUAAAAAAAGUGAAAAUUAUAAGCAGUUGUUGAGGAAGCACAGUGUUAGGAAAAGAACUAGGGCGCUUGUGAAGCCUCCACAAAGUCAACAACAACCACAGUCAUCCCAGAGUACUGGUGUUACAACUAGGCAGCAGGAGGAUGCUAAAGCAUCUGCUCUUUCAUCAAACUGCAAUACAUCUAAUUUAGAAAAUCCACAGACUUCAUCAGAUUGCAAUGCAGUGAGUGCUGCAUCAACUGCUAGCUCAACAGUUAGUACUGUAGGAGUUGUAAGUAAUUCUACUUCUGGCACAUCUGCUGUGGAUGGCUCUUCCACAGUUUUCGACAAUUCAGAACGAAGUGCUUCUACUGAUACCAAGCAUGACAGUGGAAAAAUUCCUUUGCCUAAUAAUAUAAGGAAAAAGAAAGAAGCUAGCCAGAAAAUUGAAGGAAAAGAUGAUGUUCCAAGUGACAGUGAUACUGCCAGUGAUCAUCAUAAUGAAAAUAAUCCUUUACAGCCAUGUGCUAUUUGCAAAAUGGAAUUGGAUAACUAUAAUCAGUCUAGGCCACUUACUAAAUCUAAUUGUGGCAUGUUUGGUAUAAAAGAAAGUGAUUUAAUUGGAGAUAUGAGGGUGUGUGCUUCUUGUCGUUUUAAAUCUGUUCGUAAAAGGUGUCCAAUACCAACAUGUAAAACCCCAAAACGUAAAGUCAAAAGAUUGCGGCCACUUCCUGGAAAAUUUGCUGAACUUUCAAAGGAAGCCAAAGAUGCAAUUAUUGCGGAAAUUCAAAUACCAUCAGAUGUCAACAAAUGCUGCUCAGCAUGCUUCAAUAGAAUCACGAGGAAAUUAGAAAACAAUGCUGUAACUGAAGGAGAUCCAAAUGAAAAUUCAAGAUGGACUGAUGAGGAAAUGGAAAAAGCUAAGCAAGGUCUUCAGCAGCAUGGAACUGAUUGGGAAGCUAUUGCAAAUAUAGUUGGAACAAAAAAUAAAGAGCAGUGUCGAAAUUUUUACUUUAAUUAUAAGCGGAAAUAUGGUUUGGAAGAAAUUUUGCAAGAAUAUAAAAAAACAAAAGGUGACAAGGAAAGUAAUCAGAAAGAUGGCAAACCACCACCAAUUGUUACGGAUGAAGAGGAAAGUGGGGAAACCACUUCCAGUUGCGAUGAAGAUGAUCGUGCUGAUCGAUGUAGCAGUGAUACAGCUAGUGCUCCUAGUCCUGUAGAUAAAAUUUUAUCUGAAGAUAAAAAUGAUAGUCAGAGGCCUCCCGAAAUACUUGCUGAAUCUAACCAACCUAAUGUUUCAGAAGAAUCUCGAGUUCGCAGCAUACCACAUCUUGAUACUAGUCCUAAGUGUCUUCCAGAUUAUGAUAGUAGUGCUACUGUUAGUGCUGAUGAAGGACAAAAUCAAAUUGAUGGUGAAGGACGAGAUUCUUCUCCUCGUGUUGUUCAUCAAGUAAAUCAUAGUGCUUUGAAAACACCAAUUGGAAAUGAACCUCCUCGAAAGGCUUUUCAAAGUCCCUUACCUUUAUCCAAAGAUGAUACCAGGCCACCGGAUACUUCCAUACCUCUUGUUAAGACCUUACUUCAAGAUCCUAAAAUCGGAGCUGCUCAGCCAGAGUGUAUACCACCAUACAUUCAACCUAGUAAACCUGGAAAAGAUGAACCUACUUGUGUGAGAGAUUUGAUAUAUCAGGCUAUUGAAAUGAGCCUGCAGUAUCCUAGAAUAGGUAGGAACAGUAGUCCUGUUCCUUCCUCUGUUCCAACUGGUUUAUGUAAAGAUACAGCUGAAGUAACAGUAGUUGAACCUAAAAAAGAAAUUGAUGGCUCCAGUACACCCAUUCCACCCACUGCACACAGUGGAUCUCGGCAACCUUCUCGACCUGGCUCUCAUCAUAUGGAUGUGCCUGUUGAUUGUGAAGUUCAAGAUCUUAGCAAGAAAGUAAAAUCUAGAGAUGUAAGUCCAGUAAAAGAUUUCAUUAAAAGAGAACGUGUUGUAACACCUGUGAGACCACCAUCAGGAUCUAGUAACUCUUCUUCCCAUGUAGUUUAUUAUGGUGCUCCUCCUCCUGCUCAUUGCAACCAGUAUCGAACUUCUCAACCACCACCUCCAGCUUUAUCACCUCAUUAUGUUGCAGAAUCUCACCAUGAAACUUAUUUUCCAAGAAGUAAUGAUCCUAGAGGAAAAACAUACAUUCCUUCUGAAAGACCACACUCUCAGCCACCUCAUCUAGUUGCACAAUCAUCUUCUCAUAAUAAUUCUCCAUCUGCACCAUCGCAUGCAAAACCAGUACCUAUUAAAGCAACAGUUCCUCCACCCCCACCAUUAGUAGCAUCAAAACCUUCACAGAUGUCUCCUAAAAUGCCUUUUAAAGAAAGGCUCAGUACAUUGCCACCCACUGGGUCAAUAACUCAAGGCACACCUGUUAAUCAACAGUCUAUUCCUGUACCUCCUACUAAUCUCUCAUCUGCACGGUAUGAAGGUUUUCUUCGUCAGUUACCUCCUCCACAGUCUAAAGAUGGUGGAUCUAUUACUUUGGGGACCCCUGUGCAACAAGAUUCAGUAAAGCGUAUUCCUAGCAAUAGACCUGAGCCUUUUGCUCAAAAUAUAUCAGAUGGUUUAGUCAGACAAGCAGUUCCUGCAAUGUAUGAUCCUACGGUUAUAGAUUAUUACAGACAAGUAACACCUAGUGCACAGCCAUAUACAUUUGGCCCUGGAUAUGCACCUUAUCCAAGUACUAACGUUCCUCCCCAACGUCCACCAUAUGCUAAUGAAUCACAGCUUAGUUCUAAACAAAUAAUGAUAGAUUUUAAUACAUCUAAACAGAUGCAGUUAAGAAGAGGAGGAAAUGGCCCAUCUGAAAAAGAAAUUAAGGUAUCUCCCAGAGGUGCUGAUUCUAGCCCUGCUCCUAUAACACCUCAAGAAGGUCAUCUUCAUCCUAUGUAUCCUCCUUCUAAUUACCAAGAAAGAGGUGGCUCGCAUUACAAUAAUCAUGUACCAUCUGGGUAUCAACCUAUAGAUUCUCGAUAUGUUCAUCAUCGUUCUCCUAGUUCUCAGAUUGAUCGAACACGUAGUCCUUCUGGAGCAGAAUCACCUUUGAAUGCUGCAUAUGCCCCGCAUUCAGGAAAACGUAGCCCUAGUUUACCAUCUGGUCGACAAAAUGUUAUACAUCGUAGCAUAACAUGGGGCACAGGCAAGCCAUCUGUGAUACAAGCACCCCAGUCUGCAUCUCCGCGUAUAACUGAUAUGCGAAGUGAAACUGUUAGUCCUGCUAAUCCGUUGAUGUACCCUGCAGUCCCACCAUCUGGACAUGAUGCAUUUAACACAUUAGUGAAUGCAGCAGUUGCACAGAAAAGCUUGGUUGUACCAAAAGAUGGGAAAGGGUCACCAACAGCAAAUAUACAUACAAGGCAUGAAGUAAAGUCUCCUAGGGAUAGACCUGUUGUUGAAGGAUUAGAAAAAACAUUAAUUGAUAUGCAUCAGCGUCCUAGGUCAUAUACUGAAGCUGGACAUAAUCUAGUUUCACAUGAAAGGAGGAACAGUGAAUCGAGCCCUUCAGAACAGCAACCACAAAUGCUUAGUGACAAUCAUCGUUAUUCUGGUUCAGUACAUAGUACAUAUGACUUGUCACGAGAGCAUCAUAGAUUAACAGAAAAACAACAGAUAUUAAUAAAUGACCAGCCAUCUAGUUUACGUCUUGGAAAUAUGAGAGAACCAUUUUCAAGAGAGCAGUUUGAACGUCAAAUGAGACAAACAAGUAUGUCAGUUCCAAGAGAUCGUGCAUAUUCAAAGAAAGAUGACGAGCGGAAUAGAUCUGCUGUGUCUGAAAAUCAGGCUCAGAACUAUGCUCCUCUUUCUCAACAGUCGGAUUUAGACAAUGAAGCUUCCAAGAUAUUUUCUCAGUCUUUUCAGAAAGAUGCUCCAAGAUCAAAUUCAUCCCCUCGAGGCUUAACAGCAGCAAAUUUGAUUGAUGCUAUUAUAACUCGGCAAAUUAACCAAAAUGUAGAGCCAUCGGCUGUGACUAAGAAUUCUGGGAUGGAUUUAUUUAACCAAUACCAUGCUAGUUAUGAAGAAAAUAAAGUACCUCCUAAGUCUAGUAGCACAAAAGCAUCUAGGACUGAAGUUGUGACUAUUGAUGAUGAACCUGAAAAUGAUAAAACUCCCUCUUCAUGGCCAGAGAGAUCAAAUACUCAUGGACGUUCUACACCAGUCCAGGGCUCUAUGCCUGGUAUUCCUGUAGCAUAUACAGGAGAAAAGGUAUAUACUCUAAGUGAACAUAUAGCUGCAAUUAUCUCUAAAGAUUAUAAUAGUCCUUCAGAUGUAACACAGUCUCAGCCACUUUUCAGUAAUGGUCAAUCAUCAGUCAAUACUUCUGUGUCUGCUGCCUCAUCUAGAGCUUCACCAUAUGCUUUAGGAAUGACGACUGCAGGUACAAAUGGGAAGCCUUUAGAAGGAAUAGCUGCUUCUUUGCCUUCUGAAGCAGUUCUCAUAAACUCUAAUGUGUCUCAUGGCAUUCCUGAUCACAGUCCCCAGAAUUGUCCGGGAAAUGGCUGUUCUUAUCAUACACAUAGUUGGAAAUUAAGAAGAGCAUUACAGCAAGACAGAGAUAGAGAACAUAGAUCACCAGUAAAUGAAACAACUCAUAAGAGGCCAUCGUCUAAUCAAAGCUCUGAUGCAGUUGUAUCACAAGAAGAACGACAGAUUAUUAGAGUUGCUCAAACCUCCUCUCCUAGUGCACAAGGAUCAACUCGAUCCUCCCCUACAGGUCCAUAUGCCGUUGAGCCAAUAUCCCCACCUAGUCAGGUAAAUGAAAAUAUUGAAGGAGGUAAUAGAAUUCCUUCUUCUGUCCAUAAUGCCAGUGGCCUAGCUCAUAAUCAGCCACCAGUAUGGGCAAGUAAUCCAAGUAUAACUGGACUCCUUACUACUCGGCAUCUUUAUUCUCAAGAAUACCAAGAGGGUAUUCCUCCUCCAUCCAUUACUCAUUAUACUGUACCACCCUCAUCAGGUUCUAGUCCAGUUAUAGGGUCUAGUAGGCCACCCCAUCAACAACAGAUGGGCUUAUCUCCAUUAGACUAUGUGAAAAAUCGAAUUGUGGAAGUAAUGAGAACUGCAACAGAUGAUGAAUCGGAAAGUACAGAAUCUCGUCGUCCACAGUCUGCAAUGAGCCAUUCUGAAGACAGAGAUCCUCAGCUUCAACAUAUGUAUCGUUUUCAACCUGGUUCCGAACGAGAUAUUCCAUCAGAACGGCCGUGCAGUACAGGGAAUGGUCCACCUUUACUUCAAGGGCAGAGGUAUAGUCCUGCUGUAACACGUUAUAGCCCUGUACCACCAAGGCCAUCUAGUGCUGUCGAAAGGGUGCCUAGUAGGAAUUCAACUCCAGGAGAUCUGUCACGACAACAUAAAAGGGGAUCUGAAGGUCACCUUGUGUCAGGUGAUUGGAGAGAGGGGCAAAAUAUUUCUUCAAGAGCUAGUUCUCGUUCAGUAUCUCCUAAUAGUGUGGAUCACCCAGAUAGUUCAAAUCGUAAAAAAACUCGUUCAGAAGGUACUUUUAUUCCAGAAAGCACAACAGACAGAGCUCCUGUUUUAUUGCCCCAAAACUCUAUUAACAUUCAUCGUUCAGGUUCCCUUUCUGAAGCGCCACGGCUCAGCUCAAGCAAUCAAAGCGCUCAGGUACUAGAUUGUCAAAGUGCUUCCAAAGGCAUUAUGUCUCCUCGAACUGAGCCAUACCUUCAGUCUUCGCAAACAGAAAGUGACUGUUAUAAAUUCCGUGUAGGUGAUAGGUCAGACAACCAGUGGAACAUGGUAAAUAGCCAUGGUCGAACUACAGAUAGUGAGCCGCCAGGUCGGCUAAGUGAACCUAUGAACAUUGGUGCUGCUUCUUCAACUACCAUAGAAACAUUUUCAUCAAAUCGUGGUGAUGUUCCAUCAAAAAACUUGGAGCGUAGUGAUUCAGGAUCUAGACAUAGUCCUGUGACUAGUACAGGUGGAGGAUCACAGGAACCAAACAGGAACAGUCCCAGUGCAUCAUCUCAGGGUCAGAGAAGUGCUUCAUCAACUCCACUUGGUGUAAGUGCUCCAACAAGCUCAGGUCACUAUUCUUCAUUUGGAACACCGAAUGGUAGUGUAAGCAGCAGUACUGGUACCAUGUUUUCCUCUGCGACAUCACUACCUCCACCUGCCAGUCCUCAUGUUGCUUAUUCAUCUUUUUCUGGCAUGGGUAAUACAUAUGCUUAUCCAUACUCAGCAUUAUCAAUGCGUUCUUUAGCAGCAUCCACAACUCAUAGCUCUACUCCUGUAACAAACAGUUCUUCAUCUGUAAGCAGCUCCCGAAUUUCUCCCAUGCCAGUAAGUAAUUCUUCAAGAAAUUCUCCCUCACCUCUUUCAAGGAGCAACCAGGCUCCACCUUUAUUAUCUUCUAAGUAUGAACCUUUAUCUGAUGAAGAUUGAAAUGAGAAUACCCCAAAUAAACAUAUGGACAACUUUGGCUAUUUCAGCUCCUGCUUUUUAUUCAGCCAUCUGCAUUCCAAAAGAUUUAGUGUUCUAAAUGUGGUAUGUGAACAUGGCUCUAGAAGCCAUUGGAAGAGUUAUUUUCAACUCUUGUGAAAAAUAUUCUUACAGUUGCAAUCUGUGGUUUUGCUCAUAAUGACCACUGUUUUCUUUAUUUUCUCCCUUCCCCUCUGUGAUCACCUCACUGCAAGAUUACUGGUUCAAAAUUUAUAAUCUUCAUAGUCUCUUUGUUUAUCAACACUGCCAGUUCUUCAGCAGGGGCGGAUUUGAGAGUUAAAUAUAUUAUUUGAAGAGGAGAUAUUUAUAUAGUUACUGUAUAAUUUUGUAAUAUAUAAAUCUUAUAUCUGAGAUCUUACACUUAUUCAAUAUUUCAACCAUUUUGGUGGUUUCAGUUUAUUUUCUCAUGUAACAGGAAUUAUUUUAGCAAUCUGUAGUUUAAAAAAAAAAAAAAAAAAAAAAAAAAAAAAAAAGUGAGACUAAAAAAAAUCUUUUUUUUAUAUGAGGAUAGAAAAGUUCCUGUAACUUUCAGCAUUUCUAGUCGCAAGAAUUUCAGUUAGUAUGUUAUGACAGCAGUUGACUGAUUAUGUAACUGGUUGUAACUAACACAAAAAUUUAGCCAGUUGUGAAAGACCGCCCCUGUUCCUCAGCUCAAUGUGAACUCGGGCAUCUCACUCUACUCAACAGCCGGUGUUCAGUGCCUUGGUCUGCUGCAGGGUACUCCAUCUCAUCCUAACAGACAUUGUACUCUUUACUGUUCUCUAACAUAUAUAAUGACCUGUGAAUUUUCCUUUUUUUUGUUUUAUUUUGCCAGCAUGUGAGUCCGUCUUCUCUGUAGCAGUGGCAUGCUGGCAUGUCCAAAAACUUGAAUUUGCAAAAGAAUCUUUCUCUGGCUGAUUUAUUGUGUAAAAAUAUGUAUUAUGUAUGUUAUAUGUGGCACACUAGCACUUAAAAAAUGUGGCAUUGAUUGAAAGAUAUUGUAAAUAGUUUUAAAGUGUGUAAAUAGCAGAUAACUCAGUUUUGUGAAUUUGAGCUGUAUAUCGUAAUUUCGGGUGACUCUGACACCAUGUUCAUAUGUCAGUAUUUCUGAAGCAAUAGUAUUCUUCUUCUUCUCUCUCUCUCUCUCUCUUUUUUUUUUUUUUUUUAAGGGAAAGAAAUCCCAGAUCAUGAUUUACCUCAAAAACUUUGCCCGGUGUUAAAUAAGUUUUCAUGUUUUUAAUUUUUAAUAAAGUUUUAUAUUUACUAUGCAAAUUAGAGUCAUAUUGGAAAUUGGUAGCUGGCAGUGAAUAUGUAAUUUAACAAAUGAAUGAAAGUUUUAUGAUAACAAAUGAGUGAAAGUCUUUAUAAUAUGUAAAUAUGUGAUGGUAAAUAUUGCAUGGGUAUCCAGCAGUUUUUAUAUUUGUAAAUAGUGUAUUAUGUGUAUAUAUUUCUCUGUUGUAAUGUGCAAUAUAAUUUGAAUAUACUAUUUGCAAAACUCUCAAAUUAAAGUCGUAACAUUCCAUUUUCUGUUUUAAAAACUUGUAUUCCUAAUUAGUUUUUAGUAUCUUGCAUUUUUAAUCAAUUUUUAUUUUUAUUUAUCAAAUGUUUGAUUCAUUUUUAGGUUUAAUAAAAAAAAUAGGAAAAAAAAUUGUUACACUCCAGAAUUUGUCAUUGUGACACUUGUUGAAUAGUUUGUAAGCUAUUCUCAGUUUUAAUGAGCAUAAUAUAUUCAACAGGUCAUUCACAUCUGGAAAUCUUUCCUUUCUGCCAAUUUUAACUAAAACCUGUGUAUGGUUAUUUUAACAUAAACUGAAAAUUCUUAGUUACAAACAUCAUCAUUAAAAUUUUUGCUGGUGUGCCACUACUGUAAGAUCCUGUAAAUAAUUUUAGAGGUGUAUGGGAAGAUGUUUUGAAAUUUGGCUGGGCAUAUAUUUGGAAAGUUCACACACAAAAUAAAAUCUUUUCAUUUCUGCCAUUGGUUGCCACUGCCCAUACUAGAAUUUCAAUAAUAAUUGCUGCAUAAAUGUGAUUUAGUUUUUUCUUAUCAGCAGUCAGCAUUCACAUUGAAUGUCAUGAUUUGAACGUAUCUGGUUUUGGGGUGAUGACUAUGUAAAUUAUUUCUUUAUUUGACAAAGUGAAAUCCAUAUUUGGAAUGUAUAAGUUGUAUAUAGUAUUGCAGGUUUCUUGAAAAUAACUGCAUUUUCACGUGGUAAAGACUAUUUCUUCACACACAUUCAAGAAAUAAAAAAUGAGAUAAAGUGUAUCAUAUCAGUGUUGAAUGUUUGUACCUAAGCUGGCUGUAGUAUUCAGAAACCUGUUACUUUUGUUGGCAAAUUAAAAACAAAAUCUUGUUGAAACAAA